AUGACCGAUACCAACAUUACCCACGAAACUCAGCAGACACUGAACAACACCCAAGGGCAAGCAGGAGCUCAAACAACCAACCCAGCCGCCGGAGCUGCUAGUGCAGCUGCUGCUGGCGCACAGGGUGUUCGUAGAAACCCAAUGAUGGAACGAUUCCUGGAUCAGACUCCAAACGAGGAAUCCGCCGCGAGUACGGCAGUUCUGAAUCUCCGCUCAGCGCAGGGGGCACCAUAA